GUCUCUCUCGCUCGCUCUCCCGCUUUUCUCGCGCGCUAUACCUCUGUCUGCCGCACUCUCUAUUGUCUUCAAUUUUCGAAUUUCUGUCGCUCGUUUUACAGUUGGUCAGUUGGUGAUGGCGCCGCAGAAGGUGAUAUUGAAGGUUUCUUCUAUGUGUGAUGCAAAGGUGAAGCAGAAAGCAAUGGAAACUGUUGCAGAUAUCUAUGGUAUCGACUCCAUAGCUGCCGAUCAUAAAGAUCAGAAGAUGACUGUAAUAGGAGAAGUUGACACCGUCAAGAUCGCCAAGAAGUUGAAGAAGUUCGGGAAGGUAGAUGUCAUCUCGGUUGGGCCCGCCAAAGAAGAGAAGAAGGAUGAUAAGAAAGGGGACAAAAAGUGAUCAGACUUCGGUAGUUUCAGGCUUUUACUUCAUGUGCUCUUCCGGCCGGCAGUGCGUACACUUGAGCUAUAAUGGGUGUUUAAUUUGAUUCUAUAUACUGUACUAAUCUGAAGAUAUAUUAGUGCUAUUUGUUGUAGGAACAGAAAA